AUGGAGGCAUUCUUACACCGAAUGAAACCGUGUGCUGCAUCAAAAAUUGAUAAAAAUGUAACAGAAGAAACAGUGAAGAUGCUAUUCUCUAACAUUGAAGAUAUCCUUGCUGUACCUAAGGAAUUUUUAAAAGUCGUGGAAGAAUGCCUGCAUCCAGAACCUAACGCUCAACAAGAAGUGGGAACCCACUUUCUUCACUUUAAAGACAAGUUUCGUAUCUAUGAUGAAUAUUGUAGUAACCAUGAGAAGGCACAGAAAUUGCUUCUCGAACUUAACAAAAUAAGAACAAUCCGCACAUUUCUUUUGGAGUUGCUGAAGCGGACUCCAAGGAAACACAGUGACUACGCAGCAGUAACGGAAGCCCUCCAAGCCAUGAAAGCUGUCUAUUCCAACAUAACGAGGCCAAGAGGCAGACGGAGAAGUUAG